UCAGAACGAAUAUAACACUGGCAUUACAGUUAGCGCUUCGCGGGUUUCUUCUGUGAUGUUGACAGUCUGCUCUACUGGAUGGUGUACUUCAUUCAAUUUAGCGCGUUGGUUGCAUAUCGAUUAUCCUAUGAGAUACUGAAGUGAUAGAGUCAAUUUUCCAUAGUUUUCUCUCCCUAUUACAUUGUAGGCUAUAAAGGAGUGAUCUAGAACAGCAGAACAUUUUUCUGUGCGCUGUUGAUAUAACUUAUACCUAGUGUCUAUGUUAUAGAAAAAAGUUGCAUUUUAUUAGAUUUUGGUUUCCACACAUGGCUAAAAAUAUGUCCAGAACAGGUCUGAAUAAAAAAUUAAUAACUAUUUUAUAACGAAUAUAGUUACAGAACUAACUAACUGAAGAGCAUGACAAAUUUUGCCUUCUAAUAAACCAAUAAAUUAUAUACAUUCAUCAUUUUAGCGCUUGAGAAUGCAUGUUAUGGAUAAAGUGACCAAGGGCAACAGAAUAUCGAGUUAAGUCGGCAGUCUGAAGCAGAAGACAUGGAGCCGAAUGGAGGGGGAAGGGAGCCUCUCAAUCCAGGAGUAGGCCUACCGAAUGGCUUCCCCGAGGAUCCAGCUUUCAUUCCUCCUGAUUCUCGGUCCCCGGACAUCAACGUCUACCAACAGAAGAAGACGCUGGCACAAGGCAUGAUGGACCUGGCUCUGUUUUCCGCCAACGCCAAUCAGCUGAGGUUUAUGCUGGAGCAGCACUCCGUAACCAACGUCCGAUUCUUCUAUGCUGUCACCACUGGCAUUAUCAUCAGCAUUCUAUUGCAGAUAGCAGUAGCUCUGGGACUGAUCUGGAACAGUCGUUACAACGUCAAAAAAGAUGGUCAGAUACAUCGAGCGAAUCAAGCGAAUAACUGCACACUCAUAGGAAUUUUCUUCAUAACAAUUAUAAACAUUUUCAUUUCAGCGUUUGGAAUUCCAUCUUAUGAGAGACCAAGUUUAGAAAAAAUGCAGCAAAUUUCUCUUCCUCCGGAUGUGAAUGAAACCAGUAGUGUUUUAUGAGUUAUCAAUCGUUACAGGACAUUCAAAUGAUGCUCGUUAUAUUUGAUAAAUAACAUUAAUGUAAGGAAAUAUUCAAACUAAAGUGUUCUGAAACAUUCACGAGUCUGAAAACGUGAUCACCUUAGUAGUCAAAUUUGAAUAAUAUAUUAUUUAAUAUUACAAGGAAUUUUAUCCGAUUGUAAGUAAUAGCUUGCUACCGUACCUAUAAAGAUAUUGGAUCUUUUAAUUUAUAGAAUUACAACAGUGGAAAUUAGUGAGUUUAUAUAGAAUUAAAAAAUAAUAAGGACGAUACAGUAGCCUAUACCGUAGUAAAUUUAGUUAUACAUGCUUGCAAUAAAUUACUUUAGUUCCACACACUAUUGUAAACUGUUAAUGUAAGUAUCAUAAUUAUUUAUAAUAAAUGGAGAAAAUAUAUUCAAUAUCAAUAAAUGAGAAAAA